AUGACCUCGCUCAAGCUCUCGCCAGGGUCCAACAUCACCCCAAAGGACAUUCUGGCCCUUCCCCGCCCCGACGCAGGUGUCGCCAACCCUUCCGGAUCGCUCGCCCUCUGGCCGUCGACCGAGUUCGACUUUGACAAGCGCCGCACCGAGCGGUCCAUCUUCCUCGUUGAAAUCGAGGGCGCGAAGCAGGCUGGCGCAUCGGCCAAGUCGAGCGAGGACUUUUCGAGCACUGCCGAGCCGAAGAAGGUCUUGCACUCGCUCGCCUCGACGGACGCCGCCUGGCUCGACGACCGCACGAUCGCGUUCCUCCGUCCGGCUGUGCCCAAGGAUGAAGCUGCUGUCAAGGGCGAGCACGGCGAGCGCGUCGACCACCCGAAGGACCUGAGCGACGACGAGUUCUCGAAGAAGGCGAAGGAGUGGAGCGAGAAGGAGGGCGGCAAGGGCACCGAGGUUUGGGCCAAGGACGUCGACACGGAGGAGGAGUACUGCGUCGGAAAGUUCCCCGUGUCCAUCGGCGACUUGACGAUCACGCACCUCUCGAAUGGCGACAAGUCCUCGAAGGCGGAGGCCAUCCUUGCGUUCUCCGCCACAGUCUUCCCCGACGGCGACAUCUUUACCGUUCACGACCAGGAGAAGAAGCUUGAAGAGAAGGCCGCUGGCUCCGACGCUCUGGUUUAUGACGAGCUCUUCGUCCGCCACUGGGACGCGUGGAAGCCGACUGCGGGGCAGAAGAAGCAGCUGCACUUUGUCAGGCUCUCGAGGGCUUCGGAUGCCGACCAGGCCAAGCCAGCCGGCAGCAACCAGUCCGAGGCUUCGCUCGAGGAGUUCGAGCUCGUCGAGCCGCCCAAGGGACGCUGGAGCAUGCAGAUGCAGACUUCUACCGCCUCGGAGGAGACCGCAACUCGCCCGGAAGUCUUCAGCCCGCUCAAGGGUACUCCCCUCGAAUGCCCCGUCGGACCUUUCGGCGGCGCCUCCGACUUUUCCUUCUCCGCCAAGCACCUCCUCUUCCACGCGAAGGACCCGCACCUCAACCCGGCAUGGCACACCCGCACGCAGGUGUACCUCGUCCCGCUCUCGCCUCGCACCGCUGCGGACGCCGAACCGCGUGCCAUUACUGUCGGCACGCAGGGCGCAUGCUCGUCGCCCGUCCUCUCACCUGAUGGCAAGCGCGCUGCGUGGCUCGAGAUGCGCGAAGACGGCUACGAGGCGGACAGGAACCGCGUCAUGAUCUUCGAGAUUGAGAGCGGGAAGAGGUGGGAGGCCAGCGGCGAGUGGGACCGCAGCCCGAGCAAGAUUAUUUGGGCGCCGAAGAGCGACAAGCUCUUCCUCGAGGCUGAGGAUCAGGCACACGUCAAGGUUUUCGAGCUCGACCUCUCGUCCUCGACUCCGCUCAAGGAGCCUGUCCCUCUCACUACCGAGCACGCCGUCGCCCACGUCUCGCCGCUCUCGAACUCGUCCAUCCUCCUCACCUGGAACAGCCACUCGGCGCCAAACCAGCUCUCGCUCCUCUCCGUCUCCAAGUCGGACAACUCCUCCGCUCCGCCUUCGACCUCUCUGACGCCGCUCGCCUCGCUCACUAAAAAGCUUCACGAGUCCAAGUCGCUCUCGAAGGGUGAAGACUUUUGGUUUGCGGGCGACAAGGGCCACCCAAUUCACGGAUGGAUCCUUUUCCCGCCGGAGGUCGAGAAGGUUAGGCUGGCAAAGCAGAAGGGCGAGUCACUCGACCCGCAGCUCAAGGACAAGAAGUGGCCGCUCGCCUUCCUUGCGCACGGCGGACCGCAAUCGGCGUGGACGGACUCGUGGUCGACGCGAUGGAAUCCGAACUCCUGGGCAGGUCACGGUUACAUCACCGUGCUGGUCAACCGUACCGGAUCGACUGGAUUCGGCCAGGCCUUCUGCGACGCCAUCAAGCACGACUGGGGAGGGGCGCCAUUCCGGGAUCUCGUCGCGGGCCUCGAAUUCGUCAAGAAGACGUUCCCCGAGAUCGACGGCGACCGGACGGCCGCACUAGGAGCUUCUUUCGGAGGCUUCAUGAUGAAUUGGAUGGAGGGCCACAACGACCAGCUUGGCUUCAAGUGCUUCGUCAAUCACGACGGAGCCUACUCGACCAGCACCAUUUGGGCAGCGACGGAGGAGCUCUACUUCCCCGAGCGGGAGUUCGGCGGCACCCCUUGGGAGUCGCCCGAGAUCUACCAGAAGUGGGACCCGAGCAAGCACGUCCAGAACUGGAAGACCCCGAUGCUCGUCAUUCACGGCAGCAAGGACUACCGCUUGACCGAGAGCGAGAGUCUUGCCGCCUUCAACGCCUUGCAGCGCCAAGGCAUCCCCUCCCGCCUCCUCGUCUUCCCGUCCGAAAACCACUUCGUCCUCAACCCGUCGAACGCUAUCAAGUGGAACGAGGAGAUCCUCCGCUUCAUUGACGAGUGGACGGCGCCGGCAGACGGCAAGGAAAAGUCGGGCUACGACGUCAAGUACGCCUCGCAGUAG